AAUAAGCUAUCAGUUAUAAUAGAAGACUGACAAUUAUUUGUUUUUAUGUUAAAUGUGUGAUAAAGAUUAAUGAAUAAAAACAAUACGAUGGAACCAAAUAUUUUCCCUAUAGAAGAAAUUCAAAUCAAAGAAGAACCAAUUGAUUGUUAUCCUAAUACAGAUUGGAACGAAAAUUCUUGCGAUAAAGUUUUAAAAGUAGAAAUUAUAGAAUCAGAGACUACCGAAAAUCAAUUAUGUAAAGAAUGCGAAGCUGUUUUCAUUAACGAGCGUGAACUAACAAUCCACAAAAUGAUCCAUUCUACAGAUCACACUUGUUUUAUUUGUAAAAAAUUUGUUAAAAACAAAUUCCAAUUCGUGGGACACGUAAGGAAGCAUAUGUGCGCGAAACCUUUUAAAUGCAUUGAAUGCGAAAGGACGUUUCCAAGUUUAAGAGAAACCAAAUUACAUCUGAGGGUUCAUAGUGAUGAUAGACCUUAUAUGUGUACUGAAUGUGGUAAAGCUUUCAAGCAAAUAUCUACGUUGAAAGAUCACGAAGUUGUGCAUACAGGGGAGAAAAAAUUCAAGUGUAAGAUUUGUGAGGGUGCUUUUGCAACCGCCACAAGUUUAAGACGUCACAUUAGAGUAAUGCAUGAAACUCUUCGGUCUUUUCUAUGUCAUUUUUGUAAAGAAAGUUUUACUAGUCAACAAGCAUUGAAACAGCACUUGGUUAUACAUAAAGAUAUCGAUUCAUUUAUUUCCGAUGAAUUUACAAAUAGAAAUCGACAUGUAGAUCAAAAAUCUUCUGGAAUUUGUGAAUACUGCGGUAAUAAAACUUUUUAUUUUGGCUUGAAGGAUCAUAUUGAGAAGGUUCAUCAACCCAGGUCUUGUGAUAUUUGCAACUUAGUUUUUUACGAUGAAAAAUCGAUGGAAAACCACAGGAAAAAUCAUUUAGAAGAAUCCGUUAGAGAAGAUUAUUCGUGUCAAGUUUGUGGUAAAACUUUUGAAUUUCCCAGGUAUUUGAAGGCUCACAUGAAACGCCAUCAAACAGAUUAUAAAAAAUUCAAAUGCGAUUUGUGUUUGAAAUUGUUUUCAUCGAAACGAGACCUAAGGAAUCAUUUGAACGUUCAUGCUGAUGUUAAAAAUUAUUUUUGUAAAAUUUGUAAUAAGGCUUUUCGUACACAACAAAGCGUAAGCAAACAUCUGCCUAUACAUUCGGAGAAAAGACCUUUUAAAUGUACACUGUGCGAUAAAAGAUUUAAAAAACAAUCUAUAUUGAGAAAACACAGUUUUACACAUUCCAAAGUUCGCGCAUUCGGUUGCGAUUUAUGCGACAAACACUACAAAACUAGGGAAUCUUUGAGGGUACAUAAAUUAACAGUGCAUCAAAGGAAAAAUAGAAAAUGUAAAAUAUGUAAAAAUUUAUUUCGGUUUGAUUCAGUUUACAAAAACCACGGAUGUUUUGCUAGAUAUAAAUUCGAUAUAACGAAACGACAUUGCAAUUUCUGUAGGAGGUUUUGCAAAACUGCUAUUACAUACGUUCAUCAUUUAAGAAAACAUUCCAAAGAUAAACUCUUCGAAUGUGAAAUUUGUAAAGAAAAGUUCAAAUACCAGUACCAAAUAAAAAUACACGAAAACGUCCAUAGUAAAUUAAUAAGUAAAUUUGGUACAUAAAUUGAAAUAAAUGUUGUUUUCUAAUAAUAAAAACGUCAUAAAUCAUAAUUCACUUUACAGAAUAAUUUAUUUAUAAUAAAUAUUUAUUUAUACCGGUAGUUUAAAUGACCCACUACCUUAAAAUGUGUUUUGUAGUGCCAUCCAUGUGAAUUUCAACAUAUAUUCAAAUUAAUUAGUGAAAAAUGAAGAUAUUUGAAUUUUUAACAUCUCAAUUAGUAAAUUUAGACCACUUAGACUUUAAAUAAUACACUCCCCAACUUAGUAAUGUCAUGUUAUACUACAAAAUGUAAGUUGUAGUAAUUCUUACAUCUCCCUCAACUAAAACCCUAAAGAUUUUUGAAUAUUCCAUAUUCAAAAUUACUAAAUUUAGGUCGUAUAGGUAUUAAAUGAUGUACUAUACAACUCGGUGGAUGUUAUGUGGUAUUUCAAAUGAUCCAUUACCUUAAAAUGUGUUUUGUAGUGCCACCCAUGUGAAUUUCAACAUACAUUCAAAUUAAUUAGUGAUAAAUGAAGAUAUUUGAAUUUUUAACAUCUAAAUUAGUAAAUUUAGACCAUUUAGACAUUAAUUAAUACACUCUGCAACUUAGUAGAUAUCAUGUUAUACUGCAAAAUCUAUGUUGUACUAAUUUCCAAUAAUAACCUGAAGAUUUUUGAUUUUAAAUUAUUAUUUUAUUAAAUUUGAGCCAUUUAGAUCUAAAUUGAUACACUCUACAACUCGGUACACAAUAAUACCUGAAGAUAUUUGAACUUUUAUUAUUUUGAUUACUAAAUUUGGGCCAUUUAGACAUUAAUCAAGCUAUUCUACAACCUGGUAGACAUCAUAUUGUAGUUCAAGUGAUUUAAAGCCAUAAAAAAUAUAUGGAACAAAUUCUUACUUGCCCUCCAACCAAAAUCUGAAGAUAUUUGAAUUAUUGAUAUUUAAAUUAAUGCAUUUAAAGCAUUUAGACAUUAAUACACUCGGUAGAUUUCAUACGAUAGUUCAAAUGACCCACAGUAUUAAAACAUAUGUUGUACCAAUUUUUAUUUGCUUUCAAACUAAUACCUGAAGAUGUUUAGGCCAUUUAGAAAUUGAUUAAUAGAAUCUACAAGAUUCAAUAGAUAUGUGGUUGUUCAAAUGACCCACAGUACUAAAACGUAUGUUGUACCAAUUUUUACUUGCUCUGAAACUAGUACCUGAAGAUGUUUAGGCCAUUUAGACAUUAAUUAAUAGGAUCUUCACGAUUCGAUAGACAUGUGGUAGUUCAAAUGACCCACAGCCUUGAAAUGUAUGUUGUGCGAAUUCUUACAUAAUAAUAUUUGAAGAUAUUUGUACUUUUAUCAUCUCACUUAUUAAAUUUUACCCAUUUCUAUGUUAUACAGGGCCCGUUAGUGAAAAAGGAUUUUUAGUAAAAACUUUUGUAGCUCUAUUUAAUCAAGUUUUUUGAACAAAUAUAUGCAACCAAAGUGUAUAUAAAUUAAUAAAAAAGUUAUUUGUGA